CAUAAUACAUAUCUCUUCUCCUUUAUUUCUUCUUCAAUGGACAAAAAUAUCUCAUCUUCAUCUUCAUCUUCAUCUUCAUCUUCAUCUUCUUCUUCUUCUUACUUUAAACUUGGUGAUCAUCACGUUAAGCCAUCCCAGAAAGUUGGAGAACAAAUCAAACAACGCAGAUUUGCAUUUCAAACAAGGAGUCAGGUUGAUAUACUCGAUGAUGGAUAUCGUUGGAGAAAGUAUGGAGAAAAGUCCGUCAAAAACAAUAAAUUCCCUAGAAGCUACUACAGAUGUUCAUAUCGAGGUUGCAAUGUGAAGAAACAAAUCCAACGGCAUAGCAAAGACGAAGAGAUUGUGGUAACAACCUAUGAAGGCACACAUUCUCAUCCUGUGGAGAAGACAAGUGAAAGUUUCGAGCAGAUACUCAGAAAUCAUCACAUAUAUAGUCUCACUCCAUAAUUACAGUAUCUCCAAAAAUGUUGCAAAACAUGUAGUGGAUAUCGUUUUUCAAUUUGUUUUCAGUUUCAACUUCUGAAAUUUUCAUUCUUUAGACUAAGAGAUUAAAGAGAGAGAGGAAAAAAGUAAGAAUAUCUCAAUAUAUUUAGAUAUAAUACAUUCUUUCUAUUAAUUUCUUUUA